AUGAAAGACAAGGCUCUGCGAGACGCUCGCGAGGAGCAGCAGGAGCUGGAGGCGCUCCAUCGACUUGAUGAGGAAUGCGUCCACCAGCAGCGAGCUGGCAACUACCUCAAAGCUUUCGACUGUAUGGAGCGCGCUCUCGUCCUGCGCAGACACUUCUUUGGCAUCGAGAGCGAAGAAGUCAUCCAGGCGUGUCGAGCACUGGCUGAAAUGUGUAACCUGCUGGCCAUGAGUUUCUUGCAACAAGAUAACUAUGCAGUGACUAUUGACCUGCUCAAGAAGGCCGAAGUGCUCACCCAACGUCAUCACCCAGCCGAACGAGCCACAACGCUCAACAAUUUGGCAUGCUACUACCGCCGACUGGGUAAACUCCAUUCCGCUAUGACAAGUCUGAAGCGAGCACUGGAACUCGAAAAACGACUGGAAAACGUCCGAAAUGCCGCGGAUACGCAGUUGAACAUGUGCGCGGUGCUAUCGCAGCUCGGUAAACACCAGGAGGCACUGGAGCACGCGCAAGAAGCGCUCAUAACAUUGCAGGAAGGAUUUAUCCAGGGCAAACACACGACCGAGGGCAAAACUUCUGAAGGUGACACUUCUAGCUCAAGACUCGAUCGGAUUUCCGUCAUGUGCAUCGCCUACCAUAACGUUGGCGUCGAGCAAGAAUUUCUGAAGGACUACGCCGAAUCCGUCGCUAGCUACAAAAAGGUGAACGAACAGCCGCAUUAG